GCGGCCGCCGCCAAGUCUGAGCGAGCGGAGCCGCGAUGGAGACCAUGGCAAGCCCAGGGAAGGACAAUUACCGAAUGAAGAGCUAUAAGAACAAUGCCUUAAACCCUGAGGAAAUGAGACGAAGGAGGGAGGAAGAGGGCAUUCAGCUUCGGAAACAGAAGCGAGAACAACAGCUUUUUAAGCGGAGAAAUGUAGAGCUGAUUAAUGAAGAGGCUGCCAUGUUCGACAGUCUGCUGAUGGACUCCUACGUGAGCUCUACUACAGGGGAAAGUGUGAUCACAAGAGAGAUGGUGGAGAUGCUCUUUUCUGAUGAUUCUGACUUGCAGUUAGCAACCACACAGAAAUUCCGGAAGCUCCUCUCCAAAGAGCCGAGUCCUCCGAUAGAUGAAGUUAUUAACACUCCAGGAGUAGUUGACCGGUUUGUGGAGUUUCUGAAGAGGAGUGAGAAUUGUACAUUACAGUUUGAAGCUGCCUGGGCUCUGACAAACAUUGCCUCUGGAACCUCUCAGCAGACCAAAAUUGUCAUUGAAGCAGGAGCUGUCCCCAUUUUUAUUGAGCUGCUUAACUCAGAUUUUGAAGAUGUACAAGAACAGGCAGUCUGGGCUCUGGGAAACAUAGCUGGAGACAGUUCCGUUUGCAGGGAUUACGUCUUGAAUUGUUCCAUCCUUAAUCCUUUGUUAACACUCCUUACUAAGUCCACACGACUGACAAUGACUCGGAAUGCAGUCUGGGCCCUGUCAAACCUCUGCCGGGGGAAGAACCCACCUCCAGAAUUUGCAAAGGUCUCUCCUUGUUUGCCUGUAUUGUCUCACCUCCUCUUCAGCAGCGACUCAGACUUGCUGGCAGAUGCUUGCUGGGCCCUCUCUUACUUGUCUGAUGGCCCCAAUGAGAAGAUCCAGGCAGUCAUAGACUCUGGAGUCUGUCGGAGAUUGGUAGAACUUCUGAUGCACAACGAUUACAAAGUGGCAUCUCCUGCCUUGAGAGCUGUGGGUAAUAUUGUCACUGGGUUGGUCAGAGCAAGAACACUUUGUUUUGGGAGGGGAGGGGAGAAUCCAAAACAAAGUGUUCUUGCUCUGACCGAAUAUUAA